CAGAAUGGAACAUUUAACAAGAUAGACCUAAGGGAUGCUAGGUAUUGGUGAUGUGACCUGUUCACAGCAGGGGAAACUUGAACAGUCUCAGGUGCCCCAGAGGCUUUCUUCCUGGCAGAAUUUGGGAGUUGUUUAUUGUAGUACUGCUGCGCCCUCUGAUGAUGUGACAGUGGUUUAUCAAAACGGGUUACCUGUGAUAUCUGUGAGACUGCCAUCCCGGCAGGAACGCUGCCAGUUCACACUGAAGCCUAUCUCGGACUCCGUGGGUGUGUUUUUACGACACCUGCAAGAAGAAGACCGGGGAAUCGACAGAGCUGCGGUCUAUUCACCAGAUGGUGUUCGAGUCGCGGCCUCGACAGGGAUAGACCUGCUCCUCCUGGAUGACUUUAAGCUGGUCAUCAAUGAUUUCACGUACCAUGUGCGACCACCAAAAAGAGACCUCUUAAGCCAUGAAAAUGCAGCGACCUUGAACGAUGUCAAGACACUAGUCCAGCAGCUCUACACCACAUUGUGCAUUGAGCAGCACCAGCUAAACAAAGAAAGGGAGCUUAUUGAACGGCUAGAGGAUCUCAGAGAGCAACUGGCUCCCCUGGAAAAGGUACGAAACGAGAUUGGCAGGAAAGCUGAGAAGAGGACCACUUUGGUGCUAUGGGGUGGACUUGCCUACAUGGCCACACAGUUUGGCAUUCUGGCCCGGCUUACCUGGUGGGAAUAUUCCUGGGACAUCAUGGAGCCGGUCACCUACUUCAUCACUUACGGAAGUGCCAUGGCGAUGUAUGCAUAUUUUGUAAUGACACGCCAGGCAGAAAUGGACCUUAGGAGACUGAGAGACCCGUUACAAGUGCAUCUGCCCCUUCGACAAAUUGGUGAAAAAGACUGAGCUGCAAAGAGCCCUAGAGUUCCGGCAGAAAGAACACCUGUUUAUAACUCUUGCCUUUGUAAUUAAAGCAUUGCAGGUGGAAGCUGGGAGCAACAUGGGGGCGGAGAAUUUGUACCUUUAAUUGAAAGAAACACAAGGAACUUAAGGGGAAAAGGGGUGAAUGCUAAACUCUAAGGAUCAGGCAUGUGGAACCUAAGUCUCAAAGGGCUUCGUGAAUACUGUCUUAAUCAAGUAUCCCGGUUUCUGGACGAGAAUGAUGCAUUUACGCAGUUGGGAGCCUCACAGGGACAGUGAUGCUGGGGUGUUUGCUUCGUGCAUCUCCUUCGCAGAGUCCGCAGAACAGAACACACCAGCACCCCACUCAGCUCGACCCGUUUUUCCUCUUUCCUUUAACUUUUCUUAUUUUUGGUACAAGAGUAAAUAAAUCUCCCACAAAACAGAUCCACAAGCUACAUGGAGGCUUCAAAAAGUUCAUGGGAAAUUCCCUUGGCUUGUAUUUCCAUCUUCCUCGCUGCUUUUGUAAGCCCCUGAUCUGUGGGUGGCCAACAGUCUGAGCUGGAUUCAUUCACGUGGUUUUUGAGGGCCCAGCCUCUGCGAAGCUACCAGGAAUCUCUCCCACUGUGCCCUCUGCCACCCAUGCCUCUCGAUUACACUAAUUUUAUCCUGAUGAUAAGUUGAAACUAACUGGUGGCAGACAAGUGGCACUUCAGAUUGUCCCUCGGUCCCUUCGUAAAUGUCCGUGUGUCCCAGGGCUCUGGGUCAAUAUCUGGGAAUCAUUGGCGACACUGCAUGCGAUUGUUUUGUUGUUUUUCACUAACUCAUCACGGAGGGAGAAUUUUCCUCCUUUAUUGACCUGCCCCUUCGUUGAUCGCCCCUUUCCCCUCCAAACUCUGUAAUCAGGGGUGAGGAGGGGAGUGUUCAGCUGUAUUUUCAAAUCAGGACAAUGUAAGGUUUACAGAUUGGCUAAAAUCAUGGCUCUGUAGCCAUUUCCGAACCAGAAUAAUUUCAUUGCUGUUAACUGCUUUGUGUGGUCGCAUUCCAGGCUAGUCAGAUGGCACUGCCUCUUCGGACACACACUUCCUCCUUGUUUGUGAGCCCUCCCGCCUCCAGCUGUCAGUGGUUUUAAAUCCAGUAUAUGGAUCUCAAAGGGUGCAAUUUCUCUUUCUACAGGAAUGCAUUUCUAGGACUGACUUUAGCCUACCGUCGCCACCCUGUUUUUCUUAUCUUAAUUGAGAGAAGAAUUACUCUUAUACUCUUUCAGAGUGUUUUCUACCAUAUUUCCAGACAACAUCUGCCAUCCUGUUUUGCACUACAGUCGGGCGGGAUGGGAAGGAGGGACAGGGCUUGCCAGACAGGCGAUUGGCUUUUUUCUUUCACAUGAGUCAUCCCUCCUCAAGGCCAGGUUUUCUCUCUCUUUCCUUCCACCCUUGGGAUCAUUGUGUAUGAAGAGAAACACUUUCAGUGACAAACCCAGACUCCAGGUGCCCUGCAGAGGUUGAAGGCCAGCCAGGAUUGCUGCUGCCCACCCCCCACCCCCAACCCCUACCAGGCAUGAUGGAAUGAAAGGGUGCAUGGCCCCACUUCCUGCCCUUCCCCAGGGGCUCAGCCCCCUUCCCUCAUGACUUUUUUUUUUGAGUUGUAUGAAUUAUUUUUAAACCCUUUGUCCUGUUUGUGCAGGGUUUUUUAAAAGACACAGCACAGUGCAAUGAGCAAAUCCUUUCAGGGUGUGUGGGAGGGAGGGAGGAUUCAUGGAGAAAAGCCCUUUAAACAAAUAGCAAAUACUGAACAUGUGUAAAAUCCUGUAUCAUUUAUGAAAUAUGUAUAAAAAGCAAUGUACCUUCUGGAACAAUAAAUACUUAUUCAAUUUUUGAA